AUGUGGAGAUCACUAAAACAAAUAUUGACCGCCGAACGAUCUUUACCAUGGCAAGAUAACGCCGUCUUGUAUUACUCAAUAAAUGCACCACCUACAUUUAAGCCAACUAAGAAGUAUUCUGACAUAUCUGGUUUACCUGCUCCUUAUAUGGAUCGCCACUCAAAACUUUACUACAGCAAUGUUGAAGAGUUUACAACUAUAAGGAGCUUACCAAUGGAUAUCACAGCAGGAUAUCUACAACUUCGUGGUGCAAAUACAAUUGUUGGA